CUGACUGUGAUUGAGUCUAAACUAAACUUUUAAGUGUUUACUUUAUAACCUCGUGUACUGACUACAACAACUACCUACAACUAUUUGUACACUUUCCAGUACUAUUAUAUGCGCUGCGGACGACGGCUGUGUUUUAAAUAAAUAUAUAAAAAAACAAACACGUCUGAAAGUUCUACAUAUUUGCAAUUUUUUUUAUUAACGACGUCUUGGUACAUCUAUAAUUACUUGAACACAGACUCACGCCAUCCUCCGAAAUUCAUAAUUAGGUAUCACGUAACAGUCGUUUUUUGGAUCGUUUUCCUUGUUAUUAUUUUUGGAAUCUCCGUUUAUCGUUUUACAGUUGACCACGACAGCGAUGAGUACCUCCAACGUAAAAGUCGAAAACGAGACCGUGGUUCCUAUUGUAGUGGACGUGAAAUCAGAAUUACCGGCCGAGUCCAAAACCAACGAGACAGUGGCUCCUACUGUAGUUGACGAGAAAUUAGAAUUACCGGCUGAGUCAAAAACCAUCAAAACUGAAAACGAGACAGUGGUUCCUACUGUAAUCGACGUGAAAGUAGAAUUACCGGCCGAAUUGAAAACUAUCAAAACCGAAAAUAAGACAGUAGUUGAUAAGAAAGUAGAACAGCCAACUGCUAGCAUACCCGCAAACCUUGAGCGGAACAUUGUUAAGCAGCUCAGUUUCUACUUCAGCGACACCAAUCUCCCUUAUGACAAGUUCCUACAAAAUGAGAUUAAAAAUGAUGACGGCUGGGUGAAAAUUGAUGUGCUGUUGACGUUCAAAAGACUGGCAUCCCUGAGCAAGGACUCAGCAGUGAUUGCACAAGCCGUCAAAAAUGCCACUGACAGCAUUUUGGAGGUGUCGGAGUCUGGUGAAAAAAUCAGACGCAAAGCGGAGUGUGCCGUACCAGUCGCCGACCAAGAGUUCUUGAACGAGAUGAUUGCGCGGUCCAUCUACUGCAAAGGCUUCCCAAGAACGGCUACUAUGGACGAACUGUUGGAAUUUGCCUCCACUUUUGGUGACAAGAUCAUUACUAAAGUCACACCUCGAAGACUCAAAACCAAAGAGUUCAAAGGUACCCUUUAUUUUACAUUUAAUACCAAAGAAGAAGCUGAAAAGUUUUUAAAACAAGAAUCUAUUAAAUACAAAGACGUCGAACUGGAACGCAUGUGGGAAAAAGAUUUUCUCGAAGAGAAGAAAAAAGAGUAUGAAGAUAAAUUGGCAAAAAAAGAUGAGAAAAUAAAAGCGGAAACGGAGAAAUAUUUUAAAAAAGGAUAUUUACUUAAAGUUGAUAACGUGGAUGCAUCUGUUACAGUUGAUAGUAUUAAAGCAAUUUGUGCUGAAUUUGAAUGGCAAGUUGCCUUUGUGAAAAUAGUCGAAAAUGAAAAAUUAGCGUGGAUUCGAUUGAAGCCCGUGAAAGCUGCCAAAGACCUAUUGGAGGAGUUUGCCGAAAAAGUGAAUGAUCUGGACAUCAAGUUCUCAUUGCCAGAAGAGGGCGUUGAACAAACUGUAUUGAACGAAAUGACCAAAGAAAUGAAAGGAGUCCUCAACAUGAAAGACAAAAUGAAAAAAGAAAAGAACAAGAAUAAGGGAGGAAAAAGAUAUAACAAGCGAAGGAACGAUGAUGGCAAUUCUAACAAUAAACGAUUUAAAACCAAUGGAAAUUAAUUUAACUAUUUGUAUUUAUAUUUUUUUUUUAUACAAUAAGGACCUAAACAUGUUUAUCUUUACGAGCUAAAAUUAAAGAUAACCUAUUAUAAUUAUUAAAA